UCUGGGCAGGGGCACCUCCCUGCCAUCGGUAUCUGAAAUUCUCCUCUUCGCGCUGCGUGUCUGUCUGUGUGUCAGUAGAGUCUGUUGUUCAUUGUUGAUCGUUGUUUGAACCAAAGCUUUGAAAUGGGACAAGGAUUAACUACCCCUUUGAGUUUGACUUUAGAUCAUUGGAAGGAGGUGAAAACUCGUGCCCACAACCAGUUUGUGGAGAUCAAGAAGCAUAGAUGGAUUACUUUUUGUUCCUCAGAAUGGCCAACCUUUAACUUAGGUUGGCCCCACGAUGGGACAUUCGAUUCUGAUGUUAUUUUACAGAUCAAAGCAAAAAUCUUCUCUCCUGGACCGAUGGGACACCCGGACCAAGUGGCCUAUAUAGUCACUUGGGAAAAUCUCUCCCUUGACCCACCACCGUGGGUGACUCCUUUUCUCAGUCCUUCACGAAGAAUCCCCCUCCCCUCUGCCCCUAACCCGGACCCUUCGACCACCUCCUUGUGUCCUGUGGUGGUAAAACAAAAGCCUGUUUUGCCCCCUGAUGAGAGUGUUCCUCCGAAUCCCCCUCCCUACCACCCUCCUCCGCAGGCCGCUGCGGCUGUCCCAGACAACGCCCAAGCAGAGGGACCGGAGGUCACUCCCUCCCCCAUUGCGGGGCGUCUCAGAGACAGGAGAGGACAAGGAGAUUCCUCACACAUCCUGCCCCUCCGACUCGCAGGAGGGGAAGGAAACCAGUUACAGUAUUGGCCCUUCUCCGCUUCAGACCUGUAUAACUGGAAAACUCAUAACCCGUCCUUUUCCCCAGACCCGCAGGCCCUAACAGCCCUGAUAGAAUCUAUCCUCCUUACCCACCAACCCACGUGGGAUGAUUGCCAACAGCUCCUGCAGGUCCUCCUAACUACGGAGGAAAAGCAGAGAGUCAUUCUGGAAGCCCGAAAGCAUGUCCCGGGGGCAGACGGGAGACCAACCCAACUGCCAAACGAGAUCGAGGCUGCCUUUCCCCUCACCAGAGCUGCUUGGGAUUUCAACACGGCUGAAGGUAGGGUACACCUAUGUCUUUAUCGCCAGGUGCUUGUAGCGGGCCUCCAAGGGGCAGGAAGACGCCCCACCAAUUUGGCCAAGGUAAGAUCAGUAAUGCAGGGAACUGACAAGCCGCCCACUGUGUUUCUAGAAAGACAGGCAUAUCGGAGGUACACUCCCUUCGACCCAGAUAGCCCCGAUCAGGAAGUAAGUGUUUCUAUGUCUUUCAUAUGGCAAUCAGCUCCUGAUAUUAGGAGUAAGCUCCAGAGAAUGGAAAAUCUGCAGGGGCAAGGUCUUAGGGAUCUCUUAAGAGAGGCAGAGAGGAUUUUUAACAAGAGAGAGACUCCAGAAGAAAAAGAGGAGAGACAGAGAAGAGAGGCAGAGGAUAGAGAGACAGUGAGAGACAAAAGGCGGAAUAAGGAAUUGAGUAGAAUCCUGGCCACAGUAGUAAGAAAGAAAGACGAGGGCAGAGUAGAGAGGAAGGGAGAUUGAGGGCGUGUCCAACUAGGAAUAGAAAUGGGGGGAGACCGAGGGCGUGUCCGGUUAGAAAAAGACCAGUGCGCCUACUGCAAGGAAAGAGGACACUGGGUAAAGAACUGCCCCAAGAAAGAAAAAACCAGCAAGAAGAAAGCUGAGAUCCUCAACCUCGAUUAGGGAGGUCGGGGCCAGGAACCCCCACCUGAGCCCAGGGUAACUCUUCAUGUGGGGGGAGAGUCAGUCACCUUCAUGGUAGAUACUGGGGCGCAACAUUCUGUCCUCACCCAGACGACUGGCCCACUUAGCAAGAAAACAAUACGGGUAGAAGGAGCCACUGGAGCCAAGCGCUACCACUGGACUACAAACAGGGAGGUUCAGCUGGCUUCAGGAACGGUGACUCAUACCUUCCUGCAUGUACCAGACUGCCCCUACCCCCUGCUAGGACGGGACCUUUUAACCAAGCUUGGAGCACACAUCUAUUUUGAAAAUAAGGGAGCCAAGGUUACUGAUUCUAAAGGAGCACCUAUACAAGUGCUCACCCUUAAACUAGAAGAUGAAUAUAGACUGCAUCAUGAUCCCCAUCCUGUCCAAACAGGCAUAGAUCAGUGGCUGGCCAAGUACCCAGACGCUUGGGCGGAGACAGGGGGAAUGGGGCUGGCCAUACAUCAGCCACCCCUAAUUAUUGAACUAAAAGCCACCGCAACCCCGGUGGCUGUCAAGCAAUAUCCUAUGACAGCCGAAGCCCGCCAAGGAAUCAGGCCACACAUUAAAAGACUGCUGGAACAAGGGAUAUUAAUCCCAUGCCGGUCAGCCUGGAACACUCCUCUGUUGCCUGUUAAGAAACCUGGGAGCGGGGAUUACAGACCAGUGCAGGACCUGAGGGAAAUCAACAAGCGGGUAGAAGAUAUCCACCCCACGGUCCCGAACCCUUAUAACUUAUUGAGCACCCUGUCUCCCAGCCACACCUGGUACUCUGUAUUGGACCUAAAGGAUGCCUUCUUCUGCCUAAAGCUGCACCACCAGAGUCAGCCCCUGUUCACCUUCGAAUGGAAGGACUCCGAUCUGGGAAUUUCCGGUCAGCUUACUUGGACACGGCUGCCACAGGGGUUCAAGAACAGCCCCACCCUCUUUGAUGAGGCCCUGCACCAAGAUCUGACUGCUUUCAGGACCCUCCACCCCCACCUGAUUCUGUUGCAGUAUGUAGAUGACAUUUUGCUGGCGGCAGAGACACGGGAAGAGUGCCUAACAGGUACGGAGAUGAAGUCUUUUGCUAGGUUGGCCAGACUGGCCUUCAACUAA